ACUGAGUUUUAUAUCAAUGGGAUUUGGCAAACGAUCAUCUUACAUUUGGUGAUAUAACAUUUGUUAGCCAUCUUUAUAAAUCCCCAUGUGUGCGCCAUUAGUGAAUGUUUUGUGCAACGUCAGUGCAAUAACCCAUUGGCAUAUCUUGGAUAUGUAGGUUAUAUAUUCACCUCUUAUUAAAGAUAAACAUAAAUGAUUAAAGAAUAUAUGAUUAUGCAUGAGUUUCACUGCGCCUAAAUGACAUUGUUGGGCAAAUUCAUCUGCGUAAACGGUGACAGCAAGCGCUGCUCCGCUGCUGAAAUUCCAGUCCCGUUUAAGCACCUUGGAGAACUCCAACCCGGAACAGCAGCCCGGUGUGCUGUUUAUGAUGCGGACGCUAGGGUAGAGAAUUGGGCUAAGUGGACACUGGAGAAUAGGCUACUUUGAGCCCUUUUAAUGUGAAAUCGUGAGCAGAAUAGACAUAUGUCAUAAGCUAUGGGAGACUGCGUGAAGCUAAGUCACAGCCGCCUACGUAAAUAGAAAUGCCUAUCGUGUUAUCAACAUUCCAGGCGUGCCAACAGUGCACGGAUAGAGGACAUGUUGUCGGCAAUUAUUCUGCUCAGAAUCCACAAAUCUCCUUGCUGCCAGGUAGGGUUAACAGAAUGUACUUCCAGCAUUAGGAUGUACAUUUGCUUCUAAUAUGUUUAAGGCUGAGCAGAUAUUAGCGGGACUUUUAAUGAAGGAUUCCACCGCUCCUUUGUCCAAGCAGUGGUGUUGUGAUUUUUCACCUACGAAAGGUCUACUUCCGCUGGAUUGGCUGAAGCGCGUGCCACUCAUCACUUCUCCGUGCUGCGACCCUUUUUGUAAACAGCAGCAGCUUUAUCACACAGCUAAAUAUAUCUGAAUGAUGUUCCACGAAGACAGGAGUAAAAGCCAGAACAAGUUAUUCUGAAUACAUAGGUCAUCGAUUUGAUUUAAUUUCCCAUCCAACACUUACAGAAGAGCCACUGGGAACAAAAGCCACAUAAUGCCCUCUAACCCGACUAGAGCACGAGCCAGAGACCGUGGCAAUCUUCUGGGGAGACCAGAGUUCUUGUCCCUGAACCAACCUCUCCGUGCCGGUUUCUCCGAGGCUCGCGGCACGAGCCGGCGAGGGGGACACACCAAGUCGCAGCAAGGCCAACCAUGGGACUAUCAACCGGAGCCCACCGACACCGCCAAAGACCGCAAAGAGCCGGCGAAACUUCCCGAGGAGGACUGCAUGCAGCUCAAUCCGUCUUUCCGAGGGAUCGCGAUGAACUCCCUUCUUGCCAUUGACAUUUGCUUAUCCAAGAAGUUGGGCGUGUGUGCCUACACCUCGUCCCCGUGGGGUAGCGUCCGCUCCAUGGUCACUCUGCUGGCGCUCACUGGACACGGCAUCACGUGGAUCUUCGGUACCCUUGUAUGCCUCACCAGAAGUAAUACGCUGGCGGGCCAAGAGGUCUUGGUCAAUCUCCUGCUCGCACUAAUCCUAGAUGUGAUGACUGUUGCCGGUGUGCAGAAGCUGGUGAAGCGCAAAGGCCCCUGGGAGAUGUCGCCGGGCUUCCUGGACUGCGUGGCCAUGGACGUGUACUCGUUCCCGGGUGCCCACGCCAGCCGCGCGGCCAUGGUGUCCAAGUUCCUGCUGGCGCACCUGGUGCUGGCCGUGCCGCUGCGCGUGCUUCUGGUGCUGUGGGCCUUCCUGGUGGGCCUGUCCCGGGUCCUGCUCGGCCGCCACCACCUGACGGACAUGGCCUGCGGCUUCGCGCUGGGCCUGCUGCACUUCAGCCUGGUAGAGACCGUAUGGCUCUCGUCCAGCGCCUGCCAGACCAUCAUCUCCAUAGGAACGCUCAGCUGGAGUCCUUUCAGCUAGGACACACGUGACUCAUUGGCUGGGUUGUGACUCAUUGGCUGGGUUGUGGCUGAUUGACUGGGUUGUGGCUGAUUAGCUAUUAAUCGCUGGCAGAUAGGUCAACUCGUAGCUGUUGGCUAAUUGGUUGAUUCACAGUUGUUGAUGGACUUUUUGGAAAGCCUGAUUGGUUGGCUGUCUAAACAGAGGCUGUGCCAUGGGAUAUCCAGGGGGCAGAGAGAUCAUAGCAUCAGCUAUAGCUGCAGGCUUAACUGUGGGAUACAUAAAGACGCAUAAACAGGAUUGUUUUUUAAGGGUGAGAUGUUGGACGUUCUCAGAGCCUCUCCACUCACCAACCGUCUGACCCGUGCCCCUGACAUGUUGCUAUAGAACGGGUUCUGACCUGUGCCCCUAACAUGUUGCUAUAGAAUGGGUUCUGCUCAAAGUUAGCUUUUUGUUUUGAACGGGUUCUGCUCAAAGUUAGCUUUUUGUUUUGAACGGGUUCUGCUCAAAGUUAGCUUUUUGUUUUGGAAGCGCCUCUCCCCGCCCGUCCCCCCUAACAGGCCACUUCCUCCUCUGCGCUGGCUUUCACUUCUGUCCUCCUUUUCUUGCUGACACUGUCUCCCGGAAUGACGGACUGAGACGCCACCGCAAUCCGACCAUAAGCGGUGUCCAGAAAUACUCAUGUAUAUACUAAUAGACCUCUGAAGUUCACCUACAAAAAAGAACCAAAACAGCCAUCUUUGCCCAUAUAAGGAGAUCCGGUUGU